AUGGCGUCGUGGCGCGAGGCCUUCGCGCUCUCCAAGAGCGAGGUGAACGAGCGGAUGCCGCCGGGCACCGUGAGGAUUCUCGGUCAGUCUCAGCUCACCGACGGCCGCCUGGUCAGGUCUCCGAAGCCGUCCAGGAGCGCGAAGGACCCGCUCAACUGGCCCUUCUGGCAGAAGGUGGCCGCGCUGCUUGUCGCCUCGAUCUACGCCUUCAUCGCAAACUUCACCUCCUCCGUCAUCGCGCCGGUGCUGCAGCUCUGGUUCGUGGCCUAUCCGCAGGAGCCCAAGUCGUUCUCCGACCUGUCUUACCUCAUCGCAGUCAGCAGUCUGCUCCUCGGCUCGUCCAACAUCUGGUGGGUGCCGCUGUCCAACUGGGCGGGGCGCCGGCCGGUGCUGCUCCUGGCGACGCUGCUCAUGACGCUCUGCACCGUGUGGUGCGCCGUCGCCAAGUCGUUCGGCUCCCUGCUCGCGGCCCGCAUCCUGCAGGCGGCGGGCGGCGGCGCGGCCGACUCGGUCGCCCCCGCGCUGAUUGGCGAUAUGUACUUUGUCCACGAGCGCGGACGGGCCAUGGCCGUGUACACCAUCUUCCUCUCCAGCGGCGCCAUCACGGGCGGUCUCUGCGGCGGCUAUCUGGGCUACGCCCACGGCUGGACCAACAUCUUCUGGGUCAGCACCGCCCUGGCCGGCUUCGUGUUCCUCGGCGUGGUCUUUUUCGUGCCCGAGACGCUGUUCGACCGCGUCGCCGAGGACACCUCCAGCUCGUCCGGCGACGCCAAGGAGGCGGGCGCCAAGGACGUCGAGACGGUCGAGACGCGAGCCGCCUCGCCGCCCGAGCUGCAGGGCUCCUUCACCUACCUCGAGUCCCUCGGACUUCGCCGGCCGCGCGGCAGUCUGGUGCGCUACUUCGUGCAGCCGUGGCGCACGCUCGCCCUGCCGGGCACGUGGGUGGUGAUGCUGCACUACGCCGGGCUGGUCGGCGGCAUCGUCACGCUCUCGGUCAUCGGGCCGCAGAUCCUGUCCGCGCCGCCGUACCUCUGGGGCGAGAACGCCGGGCUGAUCAACGUGGGCGGCCUGAUCGGCACCCUGGUCGGCUACCUGUACACGUUCGUGCUGGCCGACAGCCGGCUCAAGCGCCAGGCGAAGCACCAGGGCCACGGCCUGGCCGAGCCCGAGAGCCGCCUGCCCAUCAUGUUCUUCCCGCUGUUCAUCGCCACCUCGGGCUUCUUCGUCUUCGGCUUCUGCUCGCAGUACCCGGGCGGCUCCCGCUGGGUCGGCAUGGAGAUCGGCUACGGCAUGAUCUCCUUCGGCUUGACCCAGGUGCCGUCCGUGGGCUUCAACUACCUCAUCGACGCGUACCAGCACCUCGCUGCCGACUGCUUCACCAUGGUCACGAUCCUGCGCGCCAUCGUCGCCUUUGCCUGGUCGUUCUUCGUCGCCUCCUGGGUCGAGGACAGGGGCGCGGCCGAGCCCUUCGGCAUCUUUGGCAUGCUGAUGGGUCUGUUUGCGCUGCUGACCGUGCCGCUGUGGCUGUUCGGCAAGCGCAUGCGCAUUGCCACGAGUUCCCUCGUGCUCAAGCAGGAGUAG